AUGGCGGUGCUGGAUCUAUUGGUCGUUAUCAUUGAGAUCAUACUCAGCCAAAUCAAAGAUGAUUUUUUCCCACCGUCAUUCUUGGACAUCACCCCUGUGUGUCGUGUUCACUAUGCCCUGCGCCGUGUAGCCAUAGGCUGCUCUGUGUGGUUCACCAUCAUGUUCACCUUUGAUCGAUACGUCACCAUUUGUUGUGAGAAACUGAAAGCCAAAUACUGCACUGAAAAAACUGCAGCUGUGGUUCUUACGACAACCGGCAGUCUGCUCUGUUUAAAAAACAUUCCCACCUACUUUAGAUUGAAACCUGUGCUGAUUAUUGACGGCAUACCAAUGUACUGCUCUAAUUCAGAUGCAUAUUAUUAUGACCCUGUCUGGAAAGGAUGGAAAAGGUUUGAAAAGUUUCUAACACCCCUAUUCCCAUUUGGUUUCAUUCUGUUCCUCAACACCCUGACAGUCAGACAGAUUUUAGUGGCCAGUCAAGUCCGUAAAAGACUGAAGGGUCAAAGUAAUGGAGAGAAUUCUAGUGACCCAGAGAUGGAGAGUCGAAGGCAGUCUGUGAUUUUACUCUUUGCAAUAUCUGGCACCUUCAUUUUUCUGUGGCUAUGGUAUAUUUUGAAUUAUUUUGGUGUUGAUGAUCCUUUAGACAGUUAUGGUGAAUAUAUAUUUUCGCAAUGUGCAUAUAUGCUGCAGAAUUUGACUUGCUGUACGAAUACCAUUGUCUAUGUAGCUUCCCUUUCCAAGUUCAGAGAGAAGCUCAGGAACCCACUGGAAGCUAUAUUUACAUAA